UUUUUUAUUUUAUGUCUUAUUUUUUCGAGAAUUUUUCUUGUAUUUAUUGUUAACUCUUAUUUUUAUAGAUUUUUAUUAUUUAUGUUAUUUAUAAGAGGAACUGUAAUUCUUUUGGCUUACAUGUGUGGUGUAAUUAUUGUUGAAAAAAUUUCUAGAAUUUAUAAAUUUUAUUUAAGACUUAUUUGAAUCUUAAUUUUGGGUGGUUUGUUCAGGCAAAUUAUUAAAUCUAAUUUCAUUUAUUUUUCUAUUUUUGGUUCAAUUUUUAAAAUCAACUUGUAUGAAUUUUAUUUUGUUUUUAAAUUUAUGCUAGUUCCUUUUAGUAUAUUUUCAUUUUUUCUUAUCUUUUAUCUUUUACUUUGUUUAUUGAUUAUUUAUGAAAUUAUCAAAAAGUGCAGAGGUCCAUUGCGAAUAAAAAUUUAAAUGUAUAAUAACUAUAAGUCUGUUCGUAAAUCUAAUUUGGCUCAAAUUAAUAAUUUUAUUGUAGAUUUGGGGUCUCCUUCUAAUAUUUCCUAUUUUUGAAACUUUGGGUCCUUACUAGGUCUCUCAAUGUUAAUUCAGUUUAUAACUGGGCUGUUUUUAACCUUUCAUUAUUCAGCUAAUGUGAGGGUUGCUUUUGAUAGAGUAAUUCAUAUCAUGCGAGAUGUUAAUAGUGGUUGAUUAAUUCGUUAUGCUCAUAUCAAUGGAGCUUCUUUUUUUUUUAUUUUUAUUUAUGUCCACAUUGGGCGUGGUAUUUUUUAUUUUUCUUUUAAAAAAACAAUGGUGUGAUUCAGUGGAAUUUUUAUUUUAUUAUUCUUAAUGAUAGUUGCUUUUAUGGGAUAUAUCUUACCCUGAGGACAGAUAUCUUUUUGAGGAGCUACAGUUAUCACUAAUCUGAUUUCUUCUAUUCCUAGAUUAGGUGAAACUAUUGUUUUUUGAAUUUGAGGAGGAUUUUCUGUCGGUAAUGCUACUCUAAAUCGAUUCUUCUCUUUCCAUUUCAUCUUCCCAUUUUUAGUUAUGUUCUUAAUUUUUAUUCAUUUGAUCUACCUUCACGUUUAUGGAUCUAAUAACCCCUUAGGGCUAGUGGGGUCUUAUGAUAAAGUCUUUUUUUAUCCCUAUUAUGUAAUUAAAGAUCUUUUUGGAUUUAUCUUUUUUAUAAUUAUAUUUUUAUUUUUAAUCUGUUUUUUUCCCUUGAUUUUAGUUGAUUCAGAUAAUUUUAUUAUAGCUAAUUCUCUUGUAACUCCACUGCACAUUCAACCUGAGUGAUAUUAUUUAUUUUCUUAUGCAAUUCUGCGGUCUAUCCCCAAUAAGUUAGGGGGGGUAGUGGCUUUGUUUUUAUCAAUUUUGAUCUUACUGGUUUUCA